GGAGCUAAAGCCCCUCCGCGGAAACCCCGCAGCAGCAACAGCCGGUGACAAGAUGGCGGGAGCCGACGGCGACGAUUCUCUCUACCCCAUUGCGGUGCUUAUUGACGAAUUAAGGAAUGAAGACGUUCAGUUGCGGCUGAACAGCAUCAAGAAACUCUCCACUAUUGCUCUGGCAUUAGGAGUGGAAAGAACACGCACUGAGCUUCUCCCUUUCUUGACAGAUACCAUCUACGAUGAAGAUGAAGUGCUUCUCGCCCUUGCUGAACAGCUGGGUAACUUCACCAUGCUGGUUGGCGGCCCCGAGUAUGUCCAUUGCCUCCUUCCACCCUUGGAGAGCCUGGCCACAGUGGAGGAGACAGUGGUGCGAGACAAAGCAGUGGAAUCCCUACGCAAGAUCUCCCAUGAGCACUCACCUGUAGACCUGGAGGUGCAUUUUGAGCCACUGGUAAAGCGUCUGGCCAGUGGCGACUGGUUCACCUCCCGCACCUCAGCCUGUGGACUGUUUAGCGUCUGUUAUCCACGGGUCUCCAGCACUGUCAAAGCUGAGAUUCGCCAGCAUUUCCGUAACCUGUGCUCUGAUGAUACUCCUAUGGUACGUCGUGCUGCUGCUUCCAAGCUGGGAGAGUUUGCGAAAGUCCUGGAGUUGGAAUACGUCAAAAGUGACAUUAUCUCUCUCUUUACUGCGCUGGCCUCUGAUGAGCAGGACUCUGUACGUCUUUUGGCUGUGGAGGCAUGUGUGAGCAUCGCUACACUGCUGCCUCAGGAGGACCUGGAGACUCUGGUCAUGCCAACUCUCCGCCAGGCAGCUGAGGAUAAAUCCUGGAGGGUGCGCUACAUGGUGGCUGACAAGUUCUCUGAGUUACAAAAGGCAGUUGGUCCAGAAAUCACGAAGAAUGACCUUGUUCCAGCCUUCCAGAAUCUUCUCAAAGACUGCGAGGCUGAGGUUCGGGCAGCAGCUGCUAAUAAAGUCAAAGAAUUCUGUGAGAAUUUACCGGAAGAUAGCCGAGAGACAAUCAUCAUGACUCACAUUCUGCCCUGCGUCAAGGAAUUGGUUUCCGACACGAAUCAGCAUGUCAAAUCAGCACUGGCCUCUGUGAUCAUGGGUCUGUCGACCAUUCUGGGCAAGGACAACACCAUCGAGCACCUGCUGCCUCUCUUCUUGGCCCAGCUCAAGGAUGAGUGUCCAGAGGUGCGCCUGAACAUUAUUUCUAACUUGGACUGUGUGAACGAAGUCAUUGGAAUCCGCCAACUGUCCCAGUCUCUGCUCCCAGCUAUUGUGGAGCUGGCAGAAGAUGCAAAGUGGAGAGUGCGGCUGGCCAUCAUAGAGUACAUGCCACUGCUUGCAGGCCAACUGGGAGUGGAGUUCUUUGAUGAGAAGCUAAAUUCCCUGUGCAUGGCCUGGCUUGUUGAUCACGUGUACGCCAUCAGAGAGGCAGCCACGUGUAACCUGACGAAGCUGGUAGAGAAGUUUGGAGCAGAAUGGGCUCAGAACACCAUUGUUCCCAAAGUGCUGGGCAUGGCCAACGACCCAAACUACCUGCAUCGGAUGACCACUCUGUUUUGCAUCAAUGCUCUGUCAGAAGCAUGCGGUCAGGAGAUCACCACUAAACACAUGCUUCCUGUCGUCCUGAAGAUGUCCAAUGACCAAGUGGCCAAUGUGCGCUUCAACGUGGCCAAGUCUCUGCAAAAGAUUGGCCCUGUUCUAGACAGCAACUGUCUGCAGGCUGAGGUGAAACCAGUACUGGAGAAGCUAGCUGCAGAUCAAGAUAUAGACGUCAAAUACUUUGCCCAGGAGGCCGUAAGUGUUCUUGCCUUGGCCUAGUGGAGCUGCUGAUGAACUCCUUCCCCAUGUCAGGCUGACCUGCACAUACUGAUCAUCAUCCAGGAUCAUUCAUUGGACUGUUAUUAGAGAGGAAACGAGUUCAGCUUGUUUGUCUCGUUUAUAAGUGUCAGAGAGCAGCGUCUCUGCUGUUGCAGUAUUUGGUUUGAGUCUGUCAGUUUAUCUGUUUCUUCUUCUUCUUCUUGCUUUCUUUUGUUCUUUCUAUCUCUUACUCUACUCUUUCUCUCUCAGCCUUGAAUGAUCCUAAGCACUUCUCCCAGUCUCACCCUUCAUUCUAACUACAGUUCAUUAGGCUGACACACAAACACACAUCUUUCCCUGCCCCCCUCUUCACAUACAUACAGUAGUAUGUUUAUCACAUUGUAUUCACUCACACCUCUUGCUACCCCUGGCUCAGGCCCCUCAGUGGGCAGCACUUUUAAGUGUAGUCUUAGUAUUUAAUGAACUGCUGAGAUAAAUACUUGCAAGAAUACAAACUCUAUAUCUAUUAGGGGGUGGUGAUGUUGAAUAAGAUGAUAAGGAGGAAGAGGAGGAGGAUGAUUGUGAUCUCAAGGCCCCUGUUAACUGCUAACUGUAUCCGCUCUAGUUUCUGUGUGCUAAGAACAGAAGCAUAUGAGCAGUUAAUACUGAUUCAGAGCUUGCAUGGCUUGCUUCGAGUCCUGCGCUCCCUGCCCAACCCUCUGCAUGCAUGUGGAUGUCUGGACUGAUCACAGCUCAAAACUGACAAAAGAACUGCCGCUGUUAGCACUUAGCAUCAAGCCUGUGCAUUCCAUCCGUUGUCUUAUAUGGCUGUGAAUAUAUGUUCAAGCCCAGGUUCAAGACGUUGGCUGCAGUAUUUCCACAUUGUGCUGUUUUGCUGUUUCUAACCCAGCUAGCUCUCUGUUAGUACUCCAAAUUGAAUGGUUAUGAUCGAAAAGGGACCAUAAUGAACGAUGCCUUGUCCUAUUAAGAGUCAUAAUCCUGAGGAAGCUUUUGCGGCUCCUUUUUUUUGUGCUUUUCACUGCAUGGUACCUACAUUACUCAACUCUGUACCAGGUGAUGUUCCCAAAACACUGUCUCUACUAUUGUCUUUAAAGUAAAGACACAGAAACAGUUCAGAGUGCUCCUGAAGAGAUUGUGUUCCAGAUUUUUGGAGAUUGUGGCUUUUUGCGUCACAAAAAAGGUUGCUCUGCAAAGUUCACGGGUCACGUUUUAGUCUAGACUUGUUUGGAACCAUGAGCGAACAGGUAGUGUAUGUACCCAGUACCCAUGUACUGAGUUUGCCUGAAAGCAAAGCAAAAGAGCUGCAUAGAGUUGAGUCGGUUAGUGUCGGUACCAUGCAGUGUGAAUGCACCAUUUCUCUGCCAAUUCUUGGCCAUCCUGUAAUCAGCCAUGCUGCACAUUAAUGGAUAUUUUAUUUUCCCUUUUAAUUAUUCUAUCUUGUGUUCAUAUUUGUUUGUUUUAUGUUGAACCAGAUCAUCUGUAACUGCUCUUAAACUUCUGCAUGUUCAAAUGUGAACUCCACUGCUGUAGGCAAAGCCUCAUUAGCAAGAGAACAGACAGUUAUGGGUCAGUUAAUUCACUUCCAGGCAGCACGUUUUCCCCGUUAUUAACAUGUUAGCUUUGCCGGUGAUGCCUACUUCAACUUCUUUCCCCACAGCUUUAAAAAACCAGAACCCAGUCUUGUUUUUGUUGUCUUGAUCGUUGUCAGAAUGUGCUUUUUGGUUUUAUAUGAACGUGAACCCACACUGCCCUCUGAACGGAGGGUAGAGUCAAUAAAGAACCUGUUAGAAACACA